AAUCAUCUAAUUCUUCGCCGUCGAGUCAAUCCCCACUUACCCAUAUAUUUAUCAUUCCUCUCUCUCUCUCACUACAUAAAAACAAUUCAAUACAAUAAUCCCCGCGCCCCUGGCUCCCCAGAGCUUUCUGCUUUCCCGCCAUUACACUGUUCUUCCAAGUCCUCCAGUUCGUAUCAUCUUUCAUUCGUUGCACCUUCAAAUUCUACACUCCUCGAAUCGCAGUUUCGCUCAGGAAAUGACGAUUCGUUUGAUUUUGCUCCGUUCGCGGUUUUGCUUUUGUUUCUUCUUUGUCGCUGUUGCAUUUUCUGGCGUGUUUGCAAGUAAUGGAGGUAUGAAAAUGGAGAAAACUUUGGCUAUGAUUAAGCCAGAUGGAUUGCGUGGUAACUACACCGAAAGAAUUAAAGGGGCCAUUGUGGAGUCGGGGUUCAGGAUUUUGGAGGAAAGAAUAGUUGAAUUGGAUGAAGAUAGAGCAAGUCGUUUUUAUGCUGAACAUUCGUCUAGAAGCUUUUUUCCUAACCUGGUCAAAUACAUGACAAGUGGCCCAGUAUGCAUAAUGGUUUUGGAGAAACAAAAUGCAAUCGCGGAUUGGCGUGCUCUGAUUGGGCCAACAGAUUCAGUGAAGGCUAAGGCUACGCAUCCUAAUAGCAUUAGGGCAAUGUGUGGGUUGGACUCAGAGAAAAAUUGUGUUCACGGUUCGGAUUCUCUUCUAUCAGCUCAAAGAGAAAUCUCAUUUUUCUUUGAAGAAGAAACUGGUAAUAUCUAUUCCCUCUCUAUAUAUAAUGCAUACUUCUAUUUGUUUGUGCACGAUCUACUUUCGUUUUCUAUUAGUGCAAUAUUUUUUACUGUCACCUUUAUAGUGUUCACACCAUUUUGUUUUCUAUAUGAGAAAACCUACAGCUAUUCGUCAAUAUCACAAUCUUAUAAAUGAAGUAGAGUUUCCAUUAUUGAUUGAUAUUGAAAUAAAUGUUGUACCUUUAGAAUCAGGAGUUGUAAAUUCUGUAUAGGAGGAAGGGAUUGGGGAAAAAACGAGAGGCUAGAUUAUCAAGGCACGUCGGUUUAUAUUAUAAUUUUUUUAAUUAUGUUUCUCAUAGAAAAUGACAGAAAAUAAUCCUCAAGGCACGUCUGUUUCUUGGUCCUCAAAAGAGUGUUUUCUUUUUUGCUACUGUACUUUUAACAGGUGAAAUGGUUGGAAACCAUGAUGAAUUAUAAUCAUUAAGCUGUCCGUGUAUAAGCAUGACUAGGUCUUAUUCACGACUCUUAAUUUUGAUUAUUCUCAAAUUCCAAAAGUGGACUGCUGCCAGCCCCCACCAAACUUUCAUCUCAGACGUUGGCAAGCCGAUACCUUGUACUGUGCACACCUCACACCUCGCACUCUCAUUUGUAUAUUUGUGCGCCACCUGUGGAUGUUACAUGUAUGGUCAGUGUCUGUAUUAGAAAUUCAGAACCGAUUGUCAGCUUUAUUAUCUUCGCUUACUUUUAAGAAGGUUUUGUUUAGACUCGUACCUACUACCAUUAGGAAAAUAAAACCAUUGGUUGGUGAUGAAGGUCCGUGGAUUCUUACGACCUUAUUUAGACAAGAUUUAUUUUAUAGGUUGUAUAAUUGUGUCGUUGAGUUCUAAGAGGGAUUUGGUGGCUUCUUCAAAAUUAAGUCUUGGUUCUAUUUAUUUGUUUUAUGGUUUUAGUUAGACAUGCCACAGCUGUGACUCUUCCUGUUUGCCUUGGCAACAUACUUAGGCCUGUAAAUGAUGGACUGCAAUGCUUUUCAAUCGGUGAAAACUUCAAUGUUUGUGUUUCACCAGUGAUUGCUUCUGUUCAGUUCUCAUCAAUCCCAUAAUUUUCUUCCUUAA